UAUAAAUGUAUUUGUCCCUCUGGAUUUAGCAUUUAAUCUUUACAUGCACAGAACCGCAUUUGCAUUUGCCUGCUGCAGAUGAAUAGCGAGAGCUGCAAAUAAUGCAAAGCCCCAAAACGAUUUAUUUGUGGACAAGCAGCUGUGAGAAAUAUAAUGCGACAGUGCUAAUCCUUUGAAGACUGUGUUUUCUCAGGAUAAAAUGCCAGAGGUUCGCCAGAGUUCUUUUGCUCUGCUGGGAGAUCUGACCAAAGCCUGCUUCCAGCAUGUCAAACCUUGCAUCGCUAACCUCAUGCCUAUCCUAGGCACAAACUUGAACCCAGAGUUGAUAUCAGUCUGCAACAAUGCCACAUGGGCCAUUGGAGAAAUAUCCAUUCAAAUGGGUUCUGAGAUGCAGCCGUAUGUACCGAUGGUUUUACAGCAGCUUGUGGAGAUCAUAAACAGACCCAACACACCCAAGACACUGCUGGAGAAUACAGCAAUAACAAUUGGUCGUCUUGGUUACGUUUGUCCUCAAGAGGUGGCACCCAUGCUACAGCAGUUUAUAAGACCCUGGUGCACCUCUCUUCGCAAUAUAAGAGACAAUGAAGAAAAAGACUCUGCGUUCAGAGGAAUCUGCACCAUGAUCACGGUCAACCCUGGUGGUGUGGUGCAGGACUUUAUAUUUUUCUGUGAUGCCGUAGCAUCCUGGAUGAACCCAAAAGAUGAUCUUCGAGAAAUGUUCUACAAGAUCUUGCAUGGGUUUAAGAACCAGGUUGGAGACGAGAAUUGGAGACACUUUUCUGACCAGUUUCCUCUUCCACUCAAAGAAAGACUUGCAGCCUUCUAUGGGGUGUAGAUGUUACCUGAUUGAAGAGCUUAUUCACUAUAGGAGAGGAUGGGAACCUCUAAUACCCAGGGCAUACUUUGCCCUUUACCUGGGGGGAAGGGUGGUCUAGCAGGGGUGGGAGCCAUACGGCCCACUGGACCCCUGUAGACGGGGUGGGAGGGAAGUGUUAGCUGAGGCGCUAGUCGACCACACCUCGCCAAGCCAAACCAAAAUAGGGAAGAAAGCUUUUUCAUCAUGUCAUAACAAUCAGCCAUGAGGGCAAAAAAACUAAAAACAUCAUUAGCGUUCAUUCACCAGGGCAAUUAAUGUAACGGGACAUCCAGGGGUAAAAAAUAAAAAAUAAUAAUAAAACAGCGAAGAUAUGUGUAAACUCUGUAGUGUAGCACUCCUGACAUUAGGAAAGUGCCUGGAGACAAGCUCUGAAAGCUUCUAAAACACAGGUUUAGUUUAUUUUCUGGACUGUAUCAUUUAGAGGGGUGGGGGUGACGUAAAUCUCAACUUGGACGCAAAGCGUAAGUCCUAUGCAUGGGUUGAUGUAGGGUAUAGCUCGACUGCAUGAAAGUGUGCAGACCGUGUUUUGUGUGCCAACUAUGCACAGCAGUAGACGGUAAACAUUUAAAGACAGUAAAUGCUAAAAACGUACCAUAUUUUAGGGGCUCCGUCUAAAAGGUAACACAGCAUUACUCUAGAAAUGUAAGUCCUCUCAUAUCAUUGAUAGUGAAGGGUUUUCAUCUGCGAAGAUGAGGGAGUAAAAACCUGAAUGACUGCAUCAUUUUAUUUUUCAGUUUUCUUAAUUCAUCUUGAUAAAUUAAGUUAGCAUGCACAAAGCGAGAGGGAAGACUCCAAAUUAACACAGUGAAUAUGUCUGAAAAAUCUGAACUAUUGCUCUGUAUGAGGCUUUAAUGUUCCUCAGUCUCACUUUCUGAUUUCCAGCGUGCUUGACAUGGAUCCAAACGAGUGAACCCUAAACACACAUUUUGUUCAUUUUUAAGACAUCAGUGAUUUCUUUUUGCUUCGUUUGCUCCGAGCAUGAUUUUGAAGAUGCUUGUGAUAUCUUUUUUUUGACCGAUCGGGUUAAUCUGGAUGUUUAGUUGUUUGAUUUUGUGCAUGUUGGUGGCCCAAUGAGCAAUCUGUUUUUCUAGCACCCCUUAAAUAGACUAGUUUUAGUAAUGCAUUUUUUCCACACAUACACAAUAGGUGACGUGUUUUCCAUCCACGUAUUGCUUUUGUGACUUGUUUUAUUUAGUUUCGUUUACCUCCUGCAUGAAGUGUAAAAAACGUCCCGUGUUGUGUAUAAUCCUGGACAGUUCAGUGCUCGUGGAGGCAGUAUUUGUGUCCCUCAUGUGAACAGUAGCAAGCCUUAAAAUGCCUGAAUGUAUCCCAGAGGGUGAGGAUUUAAGGUAUUAAAAACUUUGUGCUUCAGAGUUGCCAUCUCAGACAGACGAGACUGAUCUUCAUACUCAUCUGGAAGCCGGUGAAAUGGUUCUUUCAUGGAUUUAAACCGAAGCAGCUGAGAGGUCAGACCUUUAAGGCUGUAAGAAGAUUUUUUCAAUCUGAACGCCACGGGAUACUGUCAGGUGUUUGUGAGUCUGUGUCGUGCCAGUGUAUUUCUGCAAGGUGUUUUUAUUUUCUUCAGUCUGUCUGUCACAUUCCAGCUGUUUUACAUUUGUAACCAAUAAAAGAGGUCAGAUGCUCUUCUGACUGAAAAAGUGUAAAGAACAAAGAAAGAAACCAGAUGUAGGCAGAUAUUAUGAAUGUUAAGUGUGUCGUUUUACACUUGUGAAUGCUGCUAUGUGUUGUAAUUUUCUACUUGAAUAUUUUAUGUUGUAGAGACCUCAGGAGGCAUGUUUACUGUUUUUUUUUUUCUUUGCCGUUUUCUUUUUUUUUUUUGUAUGCCUUUCUCCGCUGUUCAGGCUCCCAUGUUUCAUAAUAAUAAUAGAGCAAUUCACUGUAAUCCAUUCGGCUGCUGGUGAAUAUCCUUGCUAAAAGGCAUAUUUCAGUUACUGUCUCCUUGUAAAAGAAUGUAAAACUUUUUUUUUUUUCUUUUUUUUUUAUUCGAGGAAAUAUCCGAUAGUAGACACUCAAAUAGGGUACUUCAUGUUGGGAUAAAAUGGAAGUAACCUGGCCCUAAUAUAUGUGAACAUUCAUUAUUUAUGAAAUAUAAAUGCAGUAUAUACUGUAAUGCCUUGAAGUUAAACUUGAGUUUUUGGGGUGGGUGGGGGUAUAAAUAAGGCCACGAGACUUGGAGAUUGCACAGUAAUGAAUCUAAUGGUUUUACGUUUUUAAUGGUUUUAUUUUUUUGUCUUGUUUUCUUUUUGUGAAGUACAAAAUGUCAAUAAUCUAAACAUUGUGUCCCCACCCCAGACUGCACCAACUGCUGUAUAGUUCUAUGUGUGGAAAUUAAGAAAAUGUAACGAUGAAGUCAAACUUUGCUCAAAAGCUCCCUUUUCUGGUAUGAGAGCAAUUUAAUUUAUAGUGAUUUUUUUUCGACUUUUAUUUUAUAAUCUAAUUUUGAAGAAAGAUUAAAAUAAAGAAAGUAAUCAUUUCUAGGGGCCACCAAUAUUUUGGAUCAUGCAAAGAAUAUAUAUUGUACUGUAGAAAUUUUGUAAUGAUAUUUGUAUGACAUUGUUAUGGACGUGAGUUUGUUUCACUGCUUGGAUCUGUGCAUUGGUAAGAAUAAACCCUUUUCAAAAAUCACUGA